AUGAAAAUUUCAAUUGUAUUGUCUCUCCUAGUUUUAGGAUGUUUAGCAAUGGACUUCGAUUAAUAAAUUGAAGAAUUGUAAAGCUCUAAUUUUGGAUAAACAAUUUUCUAAACAAUAAUGAUGGAGCUCAAAACUGAAGACCCAGUUGUGUCCAAUCUUAUAAAUAUGGUAUAAGGAAUUGAAACAACUCUUGAAAAUGAAUAAUAAAGAGAUGAUGAUAGAAUAGUUAGGAUAAGAUAAAAUUGUGACAUAGAUAUCACUACACUCAAAAAUUAAAUUAAUUAAAACACUAUUGCAUCACUUGGUCUCAAAAGUUAACUUGAUUCCUUAAAUCCAUAAAAAGUCUAGGCUGUUGCAAAUUUAGAAAGAAAAAACAAUGAAAUUACUGAUUUAAAGGCUGAGUUAUAAUAUUAAUCUCAUAAAAGAGAAACUGAGACUUAAGCUUAUGAAACUAUUUUAGAUAAUUUAGAAUAAGCUUUAUUUGGAGUUAAUUAAGUUAAAGGAUACUUCAAUAGUUAUUUAGAUAUUCUUGUUAAGAAUAGAAAAAGAUUUGAAAAACCUUCAUUUUUAGAAGAAUCUUAUAGUUUCAAAUAUGAAGAAUCUGAAUAAUUUGAUUCUGAUUCAAGAGCAUUAACAUCUUUAACAUAAGUUGCCUAAAAGGUCAAUAAAAUUAAACAUCAUGUAUAACAAAAUUUAUAUAUAAAUAUAUAGGUUCAAUUAGAAGGAUAUGCUACUAUGCUUGAAAUAAUGAGUGAAUUAGCAUCUAAAGCAGCUGAUGAACCCUCUUAAGCAGAAGUUUUAACAAGAAAAGUUCUUUCAAUAUUGAAAUAAAUUGAAAAUUAUAUUCAAUCUGAAAGAAUCAGAGAAGAUUAAGCAGAAGCUCUUAGAUCUAGUAAUUUUGAUCUUCUAAAGACUCUUUUAUCUGAUUAAUUAGUUUAGGCUAAUCAAGAUAAAACUUAUAUGGAAGGUAUUAAAUAAUUUGUAAUUAUUUUAGGUUUGGUUGCUUCAUUAUCAACUAGAAUAACUUAAGGAGCAAAUGAGAAAUUUGAAGUAGAUUAAAAAGUAGCAAUUAAAACAAAAGAAUUAGAAAAUAGAUAAACUGAUUGUAGACUUAAAAAUAAUGAAUAUGAAACAGAUACUUAAAAUAGGUAUUUAAAAUUAUAAUAAUAAAUAAUAUUAGAAUUAAAUAAAAAAGAGUAGUUUUUGUAGCAGUUGAUUUAAUUUCAUCCAAAUUAGGCUAGUUAAAGCGUAAAUUGCUUGAAGAUUGAAUUAUUAUAAAAUAGUGACAUAAU